AUGGGGACUCAUGAUUCAGAUUGGCGCUACGAUGUUUUUCUUAGCUUUUGUGGAGAAGACACGCGCCACACAUUUACGGGUCAUCUCUAUAAUGCUUUGCAACUAAAGGGAAUCAAUACCUUCAUGGAUGAUGAUGGAUUAAAAGGUGGCUUCCAAAUUUCACUCUCUCUUGUCAAAGCAAUUGAGGAAUCAAGGAUUUCACUUGUUGUUUUCUCUGAAAACUAUGCAUCUUCCUCGUGGUGUCUUGAUGAACUUGUCAAGAUAAUUGAGUGUAUGAAGAUGAAGAACCAGUUGGUUUGGCCAAUCUUUUACAAAGUCGAACCAUCAGAUAUAAGGCACCAGAGAAACAGAUACGGUGAAGCCAUGGCUGAACAUCAAAAGAGGCUUCGAAAUGAGUCUGAGAAGGUGCAGAAAUGGAGAUCAGCAUUGUCUGAAGCUGCCAAUUUAAAAGGAUGGCAUUUCCAGACAGGGUAA